AUGGAGAAAAAGAUGGAGGAAUUGCUGGAGAAAUCCAACAGGUCUACAAGAAAGGCUACUAGCCUAAGAUAUGAUGACAUGUGCAUGCAUCCUAAUUUGGACUUGCCGGAGGGGUUCAAAAUCCCAAAAUUUGAGAUGUUCAAUGGGACAGAGAAUCCCCAAGCGCACCUCCGAUCCUACUGUGACCAAUUGGUCGGAGUAAAGGAACACGAACCUCUAAGCAUGCGACUAUUCAGUCAUAGUCUGACCGGAGAAGCUGCUGAAUGGUUCACGACUCAAGAUAUGCGUCAAUGGCAUACCUGGGAGGACAUGGCAAAAUCCUUCAUGGAAACAUUUCGCUUUAAUGUCAAAAUAUUAUCAGACCGCUAUUAUCUUGAAAAGGUCAAGCAUAAAUUAUCAAAAAAUUACAGGGAGUUUGCCAGCAGGGCCGAGGCAGCCUGUGUAGAACCACCAAUGUGUGAAGGAGAGUUGGUCUCUGUGUUCAUCAGAUCCCAGGUGCCUUAUUUCUACGAUAGAAUGUUGUCCAUGGCUGGAAAGCCAUUUGCUGAAUUGGUCAAAAUGGAAGAGGCUAUAGAAGAUGGUCUCAAAUCUGAGAAAAUAGUUAGUGUCUUUAACAAGGCAUCUGGACAAACUCCCAAUGUUAACACGAAUUCGUUACCUAAUAAUGGAAACAACGGAGUCCACAUGAUUGAGAGGAAUGAGGACUGGGAAGCUUGCAGAGCACUAAUCCCCAUAGCAGUAAAAUCCCUGGAACACACAAUGCCCUCUCUCACACUUCAAGAGCGUCUAAAUUUCAAGGUUCUAGUCCCAGUGCCAAGAGACACAAAAGUAACAUCGAGAUUUAGAACCUUGAUCCCAGCACCCGUGGUAGCACAGGCGACACAACAAAUUGCUCUGACGCCUAAAAGCCAAUCACUGUACAAGUACCCAUGGCUCAAGGAAUGA